AUGACGACAAAAGGUAAUGGGCGUGAGAUGCUUAGGAAGAAUGAUUUAGCAUCUAAUAAACUUAAUACAAUCAUAAACUAAUAAAAUUUGAGUGCUUAGUAAGAAAUUAAAAAUAUACAAGAUGAUGUAGCCUCAGUUAAUGAGGGAAUAGAAAUAUAAUAAUCAAAGAUUAGAUGCAAAAAGAUUUCGAAUAGAAAAAAUACUAACCAAAAUAAGAAUUCGGGAAGUAUUAAAGGAUAAUUAAGGAAUAUAUUAAGUUCGUAAGGGGAAACUAUAAAUUCAAAGAUCAAGAGUAAUUUUUCAGGCUAGAAGAGAAAAAGACCACUUCCAGAAACUAAUGAGAAGAUGAUUAGAUCAAACGAUGGAAUAAAGACCUAGCCAAAAAUUAAUCUUCCCACAUAAAAUGUGUAUUCAUAACCAACCCCUAUUUGUCAAGGAGAAAGUGAUGUUACUCGAAACAAUAAGAAAUAUAUAAACUACUCAGUAUUUUUCGAGGAUUUCGAUGAUUUAUCUGAAGAGGAAGAGCUCAAAAAGAAAAGGGACCUAAAGAAGAUAAAGAAAACAAAUACUAGUUAAGUUGGAAAUAGAAGGAUCCCCACUUUAGAUAUAUCCAUUCAAAAUGAGCCGAUAAUAGAAAAUGCAGCACCAGAUACAAAAAUUGUACUUGUAACAGUUCCAAAAGAAGAAAUGUGUCUAAUUCUCAAAAAUCCGAUGCAAUCUAACUUGAUAAAAAUUAAGGACCAGGAUUUGAAGCCUAAAUAAUAAUCGAAAGUCCAGGAAAAGAUUCCUAAAAUUCAAAAAUAACUCAUUCAAGCUCAGUCCUAAGAUAACCUAAAAGAAAAGAAAGCUUCAAAAUCAUUCUAAAAAAAGAAAGCAAAAGAUGCGGAGAAAUUAAGUAAAGAGGAGCUUAAAAAGUAAAUAGAAGGACUGCUCUAGCCUAGCAAAAAUCCUAUCUCUGUAGAUGCUUAGAAAUCUCUUCAAAACAUUGAGAUUUAAUAAUUUGAUCUCUAAGAAUCUAAAAAAGGACUAAUAGAUGAAAUAAAAAUAGAGGACGAGCCAAGUAUUAAGACAAAUGAUUAAAAGGACUCAACUAAGGAGGGAAACACUGAAGAAAUAAAGAUUGAGGAGCCAGAAAGGAAAGAAUACUGCAUCAAUGGGCCAGUCUGCGUGAGAGGCCAUGUGAUUAACAAUCCCUUUGAUAAAGCUAUCAGAACUCAAAAUUUAGAAUUUAUCGAUUUCAGCAAUUCAUCAACUGAAAAUAACACCUACAAGCCAGCAUUAAUUCAAAAGGAGUAGGAUUAAGUUCAGAAGACAUCCGCUCAUUUCAUUCACAAAAAGUAAUCUCAGUGCAACAUUAAAAGAAUCUCAGGAGUCUCCUUCAUUAAAAAGUCUGAAAGCAAGCAAAAAUACGUUAGAGAAAAUUAUGAAAAACUUGCGCCUAUUGUAAUUCAAGGCUCCUAUCAUCUGACCAGAUUUGAUGACCAGGAAAAGUACAGAUAAAUCAAGAAUAUCUCAAAGGAACUUCUCUUCUCGCUUGAUUCUUAUCUAGUAUGCACUGCAUUCGAAUCAGGCAAUGAAAUAGCCAUGAAAAACUAUAUCUUAAAGCCUCACAAAAGACUAUAGAUAUGCAAAGGAAAUAUUUGGAUUGUAAAAUAGGGGGGACUUAAUGAAUGUUGGAAGUUUAUCAAAGAUAAAUACUUCCUCUGUCUUCACUUUAUGUAUGAUCCCUAACAUCUUCUUAAGAACAUUGACCCUGAUGACAUUAAUGACCAAGAAAAGCUUUAGAAAUACAUAGUUGAGAGCGAUCUCUGCUUAGGAAUCUUGACUAAGAGAGGCAAUGCAAGUAUUAAAUCAAUGCUAAAAGUUUACAAACUAGAGUAGCAUUAUAAUGACUGCCUCAAGCCAUUAGUUAAUCAGACCCCAAAGCAAGAGAGUACAAUCAUUAAGCCUAGUGAUGAUAGUAAUAAUAAUUUAAUGACUUAACUUGAUGAAAAUGAGAAGACCCAAGAAGAAGAAAUAAAGCAAAUUGAAAGUCCUAAAUUUGACGUAUCAGACUAGCUUAAUUGUUCUGGAGCUCUCAUAAAUGGAGUUAAUACGAUCGCUUUAAUGCUUAGAAUUGAGCUCUACGUGGACGAAUAUAAAUGGAAAGCAAUAAGUAAGCAAACUUAGACUUAGCUUAAUGCUCUAAUGACUUCAUUUGAAGAAUAGAUAUAGCCUUUACUCUUAUAAUGGAAUGAAAACAGAACAACCGUUAUUAAAGCCUAGAUACAUUCAUCCAAUAUAUUAUACAAGACUUAACUCCAAGUUAAACAAUUCGAAAAACAACCAGUACAACCUUGGCUAGAAUUAAAUAAUGAUAUAAUUCUAUGCAAAAAGGAACUAGGAUAACUCUCUAAUCUAGUUUUCCAACCUGAAAAUAAUCCAAAUGAAAUCAUAAACUAAUUAAAAAAUUCAAUCCCAAUACCUAUUACAUUGAUUAAUACUCGCGAUUGUUUCGUCUAUGAUCUUUUUGUAAAGGAAACUAUUGUGAAUUUGGGCAAGGAUAGAGAGAAUGUAAUUAAGCGGGAGUUCUUCUUCACCCCUGAUUGUGUUCCAGAGAACUAUAGACAAGUUGUUGGUCUACCGAGAGACGAACUCAUUAAUGAUGUCGAGAGAUUGAGAGUUGGUGUCACCACAUAUGAGAACUUCUAUACAAAUGAUGAAAUGAAAAAUAUGGAGAGGAGAAUAGAAGACACUGAGAAAAAGUCACUUGCCAAUACAUAUCUGCCAAUGACAGCUCAGAAAACAUUCUCAGGCAAUACAUUAAAAAGAACAAAGUUUUUCUUCGGAUUCAGAUAUAUGUGGACCAAGACCUAACUAUUAGAGCCAUUAAGCAACGUUGCAGCUGGAGUUAGAGCAGACGUUUCUUAGCCACCAGUAUGGAUGAAGACAACUUUAGAAGAGCCUUUAGUGAAUGCAGGAAUCAUUGAAAAGGACUUUGUUAACUCAGUAGCCUUAAAUGUCUACCAUGAUGGUUCAGAGGGUUUAGCCUAACAUUUUGACGAUGCUACAAGAUUUAAAUAACCCAUAUUUACCUUAAGGCUCUUUUCUGAUUCAAGACUUUCCUUUGGUUCAUAAUACUAUGGCUUUUGCAAUGGAGCUUUCACAAUUCCUUUGCCGAGAGGCUGCAUCUGUGUGAUGGAAGAGGGAUCUUAUUCGGCCAAUGGUGUUAAGCAUUGCAUCAGGCCAUGUGAUAUGACAGGAAAAUCCUCUGCUAUAAUUCUAAGAUAAAUGCAUCCUAAUGUUGUUGAAUAGGCAGUAAAAUAUGAUAGAAAUGUCGACCUACCAAUGUGGAUGUCAACCUUAAGCCUUCAAGAUGAAGCUGUCCCAUUUUAUUAGCAAAAAGAGCUCGAAUGUGUUGAUUUAGAUCAUUAGCAAUAGCUAUUAUCAAAUCCUGAUUCUAACAAUAUCAAUUCUAACCAAUUGGAUAGAAAAAGAGGUCCUAAAUUAAGUGUUCAUGCCUUAGAGAAAAGAAUCCAAAAGUAAAAACUCAAGGAUGAAAAAGAUGUCAAAAGAGUAAUUGAUGAUAUGAUUAAAAGAGUAGAAUUCAAAAUCAAAGAGGAAAGAGAAGUGAUGCUCAAGUACAUGAUUUUCAUGAAUUCAGAUGAAUAAGGAAUUAAUUAGGUUACUUUACCUCAGCCUACCUAAUCCGGAUCACCUACAAAUGAUAUCCUUGAUGAUAAAAAGUAAGCAAGCAUGAUUGAUAAUAAGGAUUCCACCUCUACUUCCAACAAUGGAGCAAGUUUUUCACAGUAAAACCAUAAAAAUUCGUUGUUCAGUCAAAUUAUAUCUAUUGGAGAAAACUAAAGUUCUACUGAUUACGCUCCUGAAAGCUCUUAGAGAGACUAAGAUCUUUCAGCUCCAAGGUAUUUUCUUAGUAACUAAUAGAUCCCGACUCUACCUCAAAUAAGCAGAAUGAUAGCUCCUUUUAUAAUAAAUAGAAACUAAAGACAGAAUUGA